AUGACGGAAAAGCGAAGCCGCAAAUCGUCUCUGGUGGGCUCUCUACAGACUCUCAGGGGCACAUUCGGUGCGCGACACGAUCAAUGGGGACUUGAGGACAACAAGGACAUAACCAAUGGGAGGAACACACAGAGCAGCCCACUUCCACCUAGUAUCACUACCGGCAUCUGCUAUUCAUCCCAAUAUCAACCAAUCGUCCAUACCUUCCGCCAAUCUUUCAUGCCCCUGUACGAAAACAAUCCGUCGUGGAGGUACAACAAAGUCAACAACGACCCAAGAGGCUUUGAGAUCAGUAAUAGUAGGUUACAGACACAUGGGUCCAACGUACAGGCCCAGCACAGAGCCUCGUGCUCCCACUAUCAGACAAUCUUAGGGUACUCAUCGACACAAAUAGUUUCAAGGAUUCCGACACCGGCAAAAUCCCCAGCAGGAGAUCUGUACUCCCAUGAAGUAUAUCGAAAAGAAGGCAGAAGAAGUGUGCUAUCAUCCUUGGGAAGACAAUGUAUGGGCAUGAACAAAGACUCAGGCACCGUUUACAAAGAGAAUCUGGAUAAUGAAGAAGAAAGGAAAGAUUUCAUCCGCGGUAGGGAUACACAAAGGCUCAGUUCUGAAAGAUACAUGUUCGACGCCGACGCGACUUCAACACCUAGGUUUCAGACCCGAACUCACCACCAGAGAGCCAGCGGCAUGCAGAGAGCUACAACAGAACUAUCCUCAAAGAUAUUCUCUAACAGCAUGCAUUCAGAAAUUUAUACUCCUAUCCCCUGUGUCACUGUAUCAAAGGCUGGUCGUCCAUGCAACUUGCUGGCAUAUGCUGAUGCCAAAAGCCGACCCGUCACUCGACUGUUCGAUCCUAUAUCAGCAUUCAUCUCACGGCUUGAGACAGGAGCACAGAGGAAUGAUCACAUCAAGAAUGGUGAUCUCAGUGCCAAUGGCCCGAGUUCCAAAACUGUCAAGGUGCUGCUGCUAUCUUCGAGGAAAGAGCGAAUCGAAUAUCACACUGUUCCCAAAGGAAAUUUGGCAACACACCACCAUCAGUUGUUGGAGGAUUGCCAACGUGCAAACCAAAAAACAAUAGCCAGCACACUCAAAAAAAGUGACAAAAUGGAAUGUGUUAAAAAGGGUCUCCGGUGGACGAACGGCUUCGAGAACCUGAAGCUUGAAACCAGAGCAAAAAACGAUGCAUUUUCACCACCUAACCGUCCGGCCCCGAGUCAAAGUGCUACAAGGCUAAGCCCCCUACCAGACACAGGGAAUUUACGGCAUAGGGAUCAAAUGGGGAGAAUGGUAUUGUCGAGGAGCAACCUCACUGGAUUCCGUUCGAAGCUGAAGAAGCCAGGGCUAACAGUCCAUGCCGACUGGGUUUCGCAGGUCAGUGAACCUCAGCCUCAACAGUACUGGCUCGGUAGAUUCGUCACCCUCGUCAAUGCUUUCCACUAUGAAGACUCCUUCCAUGAGCCGGACAUCGCAACGGGGUUCGGCAUGUUGUCAAGUUAUUCUCGCCCGUUAGGACACCCGGAUUCAAACGAGGCGGGCUACCGCAUCAAACGAGCCUUCAUGGUCCUCGAAAAUGUUUGCAUGAAUGAUGAAGCAAGCGCGAGUCUACAAAAGUUCCGAUACGAGUACAUUGGCAAAUUUGGAGAUGGGUGGAUGGUAUAA